CAAAAAGUUCAGAAUUGAGUUAACCGCGACGGCAACUGCAACGAUCACCGCAAUACAGCCUACACGCGGGCAGAUUUGCACAAUGUCGGCCCCUUUCCUUCGACAAAUACUUACGCCGGCCCUCCGGAGGCCUGCUCUUCCUAGAUUCGUAGCACCGAAGCCAGUCUCGAAGCCCAUAAUUCCGAGGCGGACAUUCACGAGCACGACACCACGAUGCGCGACGCUGAUGCAAGUUCUUAGGGGUUGCCGGAAAGCCCAACGAGCUCGCCACGCCGUCUCGCCUGCUCUUGCCAACGCCCGCGCCCCCUGCAUGAAGGGCGUCUGCAUCAAGGUCGGCAUCACGAGGCCCAAGAAGCCCAACUCAGGCGAGCGAAAGACUGCCCGUGUGCGUCUGUCAACCGGCCAAACAAUCACGGCGUACAUUCCUGGCGAGGGUCACAACAUCCAGCAGCACUCUGUCGUUUUCGUACGCGGCGGAAGGAGUCAGGAUUGUCCCGGUGUGCGAUACCAUCUGAUCAGGGGUGCUGGUGACUUGUCUGGUGUCACGGGCCGUAGCUCAAGCAGGAGCAAAUAUGGCACCAAGAAGCCAAAGAAGGCGGUCACUUAAGCUGGAGUAGCGUGUAACAAAUGUUGGAGGUUGCUGUUGUACCAAAUUCAAUAACGAGUACAACGGUAUACAUGCAGCCUGUGUAAUGAAAAUCAGUGUAUUAUAUUUCGACCAAUCUGAAAAAUUACCAUGCUGUCAAAACACA